AUGCCACGAAUAUAUAUUAGAAAAUUCAGGAAUACUAGGAAUGGAAAGUCCUUCCUACCUUACACUAAUUACAGCUCUGAAAAUUUACAGAAAGCAAUUCGAGACGUAAAAAGUAAGACUUUAACACUAGGAGAAGCAUCAUCUAAAUAUCAAAUACCUAAAACAACGUUAUCGAGAAAAUGUAGAAACCUUAAUUGCUCACAAGAAAAAGCAGGACGUCCUACCCUUUUUUCACCUGAAGAAGAGAAAGCCUUCAUUAAACACAUUGUAAAUUUGGCAGACUGGGGAUUCCCAUUCGAUCUUAUUGAUCUUCGUAUUUUCGCGCAAAGGUACUUAAAUAAACUCGGAAAAACAAUAUACGGACUACCCGAAAAUUUGCCUGGUUCAGAAUGGGCUCGAAACUUUUUAAGGCGUCAUAAAGAUUUGCUUUCGAACCGUAUGGCUUCCAAUAUAUCUACCGAUAGAGCAAAGGUAUCAGCAUCGACGAUAGACUCAUUUUUUGAGUAUUUUGCACCAACAAUCGAUGGUGUAACACCUGACCGAAUCAUAAACUAUGAUGAGACUAAUUUAACUGACGACCCAGGAAACAAAAAAUACAUUUAUAAACGUGGUGUAAAAUACCCAGAACGGGUAACAAAUACAUCGAAAACGGCUGUUUCCCUAAUGUUUGCUGCUACAGCCGAAGGUCAGUUAUUACCGGUUUACGUGGUGUACAAAACAGAACACCUAUGGGAUACCUGGUUAGAAGGAGGUCCUCCAGACGCAAUAUACAAUCGCUCUAAAAGCGGAUGGUUCGACUCGGUUUGUUUCGAGAAUUGGUUUGAAAAAGUGAUCGUUCCAUACGCUAAAAAAAAGCCUGGACGUAAAAUUGUCAUAGGUGACAAUCUCUCUUCACACUUUUCUGAAAACGUAUUAAAAAAGUGUGAAAAGCUAAACAUUUCAUUUGUGUGCUUGCCCCCCAAAUCAACACACCUUCUGCAGCCGUUAGACGUUGCUCUGUAUGGACCUUUAAAACAUUAUUGGCGAACUAUAUUGACUGGGUGGAAAAAAGUAGAAGGACGCAAACAUAAAACCCUAGUAAAAGAUGUUUUUCCGAAACUGCUGGCCAAACUUAUGAACAAACUUAUGGAAACCAACACAGGGGGAAAAAACGUCACUGCAGGUUUUAACAAAUGUGGGCUUUAUCCAAUCAACCCGGAACGACCGAAGUCACGACUGCCACACAGUCAUUAUUUACUACCCGAGGAAAUUGAAACAGCUGCUACUUCAGUUGUCAUAGAACAUCUAAAAGAAAUGCGGGGGCUCUCGGCUUCAGAUGAGCCCAGAAGACGUAAAAAACGAUGUAAUGUUCCAGCAGGCCGAGGCAUCACAGCACGAGACAUUGAGCAAACGAAACCUAAAAAACCAAAUAAAAUGACAGAUAAUGAGUUUGUAAAUAGUGAAGUAAAAGUUUCUUCAUCUGACUCGUCUGAAAUAAUAGAUAUUUCAACAUUUAAUAUUCUAGAGCCAGGUCCGUCCAAGUCAAUAAUCCAAACAAAAAGUACGCAGAAAAAUAAAAUGUAUGAAAAAGAAUCUAAUAACAUAACACCAAGAAAGGUAAAGGUAUUGUAA